UGAGACCAAGUUCGUUCUGUCGCUGCUGUGGAUGUUGGCUAAGAUAUGAGAAAAUGAUCGUGUUUCGUGGGCGUGCUCUUUGGAAUUACAUCUCUCUUUUGGCAUUCAUGGUGCAUACGUCUCGAUGUUCUUAUCUGUAUGAUGAUUGCACUGUAAAGAAAGACAAUAAAGGAGUUGAGAUCAAAACCUUCAGGGACUCUCUCCAUAUGACCAUCGCAAGGAAAAAUGAAGACGACGAAGUUGUCAUAGAAAUUAAUGACAAAAAAAAGACUCUGAACAUACCGAAGAACAAGUGGACUGAAUGUCGAGUUUCAAGCAAUGAAGAGGUUGAAUGUCGUGAAGAGAUGUCCAACACUGCAGAGAAGAAUUCUGGCGGACUGUUGAAAAAGUUUACGAUUAAGAAUGCCGAAGUUCUUGCUAACUGUCCUCAAGGAUUGCCAAAUAAAGAGCUCACCUCAGACACCUCGAUCGACUUCCCUCGCUGGAAUUCCACCAGGGAACAUUUUGCCGUUAUUCCAGAAGAGAACCUGACUGUUAGUUUGACCAUAUUUGGAGAAAACCUUAAUCUUUGUUGGGAUGGAAAACAGACAGCGGUCAAGACGAACAAGGAAGACUGUCAAGCCUUGUCAGCUCACGAGGAGCACAGGAUCACACUGGAUUACGAGUCGCAGCAGAUCAAGAGAGCUGAUGGCCGCAUUCUCAGAACAGUAAAUAGUACCAAUGCAAAUAAAGAUGGCUUGAUGAAGAUGAAAUCUGACGGAGGCAAGGCCUGGGUUGUGCAGAUUCUGGGAGACUGGACUCAUCUUCAGGGCAGCCAAAAUGAGUGUAAAAGCAACUGUGGUGGAAACAACGCAAUCCUGUAUGUUUUUCUGACUUUCUUCAUUAUUACAACCAUUGCUUUAUUCUGUUACCUUCUGCAUAUAAGGAGAAACUCGUCCAGAAGUCGAGCUUAUCCUGCCUCUCAAGUGCUUGAACUGAAUACAGCCAAGGAGACCAUGACGGACGAAAAUCCUGGUAGCAUGGACUAUGGAGAAGAAACAAUUAAUGAUAUCUAUGGUUAUGAUGGUCAUUGAGACUAGAUGCUGUCUGACGAUAUACAAACAAAGGUAUUAGAUAUUAGGAAGGAAGUCAGGUCUUCCAAACUAGCAGUAUCCACUUGAUGAAUGGUGCCCUCAUCCAUAACAGACUGGGGUCGCCCUGUCGCAGGAUCGGUUUCCAUAGAUCUCCGAUCACACCAGACCGGCGAUGCCAAUGUUUAACAAAGAUGAUGGGGCAUCCUCUCCCUAAGUUGCCAUCAUUUCAUCUUUCAAGUAUAAAAAUAUGCUAUGUGGAUACAUAUAAAUAUGCAUGGAGAUACAUAUACAUAUCUUCAUAUACAUAUAUACGUAUUUAUAUGUAUAUUUUGUGUAUAUAUAUUUAUAUUUAUAUGUAUAUAUGUAUACAUGUACGUAUUUAUAGAGAUAUAUAUGUAUAUAUGUAUAUGUAUUGUGUAUACAUACAUAUAUAUAUAGAUAUAUAUGUAUAUAUAAACACAUAUCGUAUUAUUUAUUUCUACUUUUUAGUUGAUUUUAUUUUAUGUACUUUCAUAUAGUGUUUUAUUCAUACUUAUGUAUAAAGUGCCGCUUCUGCAUAUGUAGGCACAAGUAUUAAGUCAGAUUAGAAUAAAAGCGACUUUGUGAUUCGGCGUACCCGAGGGUUCGAGUGAUUUGCCAGAUGUUUGGGUCUGUGAGGAUCUGAUAAAAAAUAACAUUAAUAUUCGCUAUAGUAUUUUCAUAAGAAGGAGUGAUUUUUUUAGGAUCUUUACUUUAAAGUCCCUUACUACUUUGUAUAUCCCAUAUAUGCAUGAGACAGUCAAAUCGAAAUAAAUAAAGUGCAUUAUACACAUUCCAGGCAAAGUUUUGUUUAUAUGACUAUAUUUCGGGAAGGGGAUCCAUAGCUUUCAUCACAUUCUUAAAGGUAAAGAUGUUAAGACCACUUUUCUAGGCUAAGAGGAAUAUACGUAUUUAUAUUAAUCAAUAUAAUUGUAAUAGUUUCACUGAAGCCAUGAAUACACAGCAGUUCGUUGGGAUUCAUUUCUGAUUC